AGACCGUCCCCGUGCCCGAUUCAGGUGCUGUUUUUACAUUUGGGAAAAGCAAGUUUGCAGAAAAUAUUCCCAGCAAAUUCUGGUUAAGAAAUGACACCCUUGCACAACUAUCCUGUGGAGAUGAACACACUGCUUUUGUAACAGGAAACAGUAAACUCUACAUGCUUGGCAGCAACAAUUGGGGUCAGUUAGGAUUAGGAUCGAAGACUACAGUAAACAAACCGACUUGUGUAAAAGCCUUAAAACCCGAGAAGGUGAAAUUUGCUGCUUGCGGAAGGAACCACACCUUAGUCUACACAGAAGGAGGCAAUGUAUAUGCAGCUGGAGGAAAUAGUGAAGGUCAGCUGGGACUUGGCGACACAGAAGAGAGAACCACUUUUCAUCAAAUUAGCUUUUUUACGUCCCAGUAUAAGAUCAAGCAGCUGUCAGCUGGCUCCAAUACUUCUGCUGCACUAACUGAGGAUGGAGAACUUUUUAUGUGGGGUGACAACUCUGAAGGACAGAUUGGCCUUGCCAGUGAAUCAAAUGUGUGUGUCCCUUGUCGAGUGGUCAUUGGAAAACCAGUCUCCUGGGUCUCCUGUGGAUAUUAUCAUUCAGCCUUGGUAACAACUGAUGGCGAGCUCUAUACAUUUGGCGAGCCCGAGAAUGGGAAGUUAGGGCUGUCAUCCGAGCAACUGAAAAAUCAUAGAAUUCCUCAGCUGGUUCCUGGCAUUUCUGGAAGGGUGAAUCAGGUGGCUUGCGGUGGAGGACAUACAGUGGCUCUUACUGAGGAAGAUGUAUACACGUUCGGCCUUGGAGAGUUCGGGCAGCUGGGUCUGGGCACGUGUGUUUUUGAAACCUCAGUUCCAAAGGUUGUUGAACAUUUGCGGAAGCAGAAGAUACAUUAUGUUGCCUGCGGGGAAAAUCAUACAGCUCUAAUAUCUGAUACGGGCCUUAUGUACACUUUUGGAGAUGGUCGCCAUGGGAAAUUAGGACUUGGAGAGGAGAAUUUUACCAAUCAAUUCAUUCCCACCUUGUGCUCUAAUUUUUUGAGAUUUUCAGUGCAUUUGGUUGCCUGUGGAGGAUGCCACAUGCUAGUGUUUGCCAUUCCAAGAUUAAAGGGGUCCAAAGAAAUCGCUGUGGAAGAAUUGAAUGAAUGUGGUGGUUUGACUAGAACUUUCUCCCAGUUCGGGGGUGAGCUGCAAUCUCAGAACACCUUGCAGGGAAUAUUAUCGGCACGUAUGAGGCGGAGAGAACGGGAAAAGUCACCCGAGAGGUUUGUCCGGAUGAUACGAACUCUACCUCGACUUGGGCAGGGCCCUUUGAGACCGGCUACAGACAUCUCCAGCAAUACUCUCCCUUGGAGGACACCCCAGGUCGAUUGUCUGAAUGCCAAGGUAGUGAGGGAAACUGAUCCUCUUCAGUCAACUAAACCAGACAAACCAGUGAACGAAAAGGAAGAUGAGAGUAGCUCUUCAGAAGAAGAUUCUGAUGAGGAAAAUGAUGGCCCAAACCUUGGAGACACUACUGACACUCUAAAUAUGACACAUGUAAUGAGCCUGAAUCCCAGUGACCAAUCCUUGAAAUUAUCACCAGUUCAAAAGAUAAAGGAUCAAGAUUCUUCGGAAGAUGAAGAAAAGAUGGUCCCAGAGGAAACAGGUGAUGGAGAAACUGAUGAUGAAGACUCAGAAGACGAAAGCUCAGAUGAGAAGAAAGCAGUGGAAAAAGGAAUUCGGGCCUCCAGAGAAAUAAACGAAAAAGCAGAGCACCACAGCGAAACCGUGGAAAUUGAAAGAACCAACGGCACCCUGCUGAAAACCACUGAACAGGACGAAACUGUGAGCCAAGAUGAAAAUCAAAAAGAUGGAGAAAACACAAGUGAUCAUAUCCAGAGCAAUUCUUUUGAAGAAGUCCAAGAAAAUAAUGAAAGAGCACCAGAUGGAAAAACAAAAAAGAUUUCCCUGUUUAAGAGACUGUCUCUAGCAAAUCAGAAAAAUUUGCAAAAUAUGAGUGAAGCAAAACCCGAUGAGCCAACCCCAGAGGAGAGAACAACAGGAGAGCAAGCAGAUCCCGGGAAAGACAGUAAAGAUGAAAACCAAAACCACACGGUGGAGAAACCUACAGAAAAUUUACCAACGAAUCAGGACAGAAAGUCCAAGUCAUGUACAAUACUAUGAAUCCGUAUUUAUUUUUCCUUGUCUCCAAGCACAUACUCCAGUUUACACUUGAAAAGAGUUAUGAUCUCUGAUAAUGGAUUUUGGAAAGUAAGGUCAUUUUUGUUCUCUUUGGUCUUGAUAUUUUAUUUAUAUUGAUAAUUUUAGUCAUUCCCUAGGACAAAUAUGAAUCUCAGAAUCUUAAGUGUUGUGUCCUGAGCUAUUUG